AUUCUGAUUUGAAGUCACUUUUUUUUUUACCUGCUUGGGGUGCCACAGCUUAACAGUUGCACUGGAACUGCUGCGGAAAACACAGAGCCGGAGGAGGGGCACCAGGAGGAGACGGACUGCUGCCAGGUCAAGCAGGAAGCUUGAGCACAGGCUCCGCGGGGUGAUGAGGACGGCCAGGCGGGCCAGCAAUGUGGAGGUGCCCUCUUUCCUUCGCCAGCUUGUUAAAGAGACGGAGAAGAUGGUCACCUUCUUCUUUAAAGGAGGGCCCAGGGAAACAGGGCCCGACGAGGAGGAAAAUUUGGAUGAGGAGGACUCCGUGCCGAGCCCAUACCUUGAUCGUCCCAUCUUGGAGAAGCAUGUGUCAGAGGGGGGUGCUCAAGGGGUGAACUAUGCUGUGGCGAGCAUGCAGGGCUGGAGGGCUCAGAUGGAGGACGCCCACACCUGCAUGCCCCAGCUGACAGGAGAGCUGACAGAGUGGGGAUACUUUGCUGUUUUUGAUGGACACGCUGGCACCACAGUGGCACAGUACUGCUCCAGAAACCUGUUGAAUCACAUCCUGGCAACAGGUAGGAUUAAAGCAAGCGAGGACCCCGAGCAGGUGAAGGAGGGGAUUCGUGAAGGUUUCCUGGACAUCGAUUGCCACAUGCACAAAUUGGUUCGCCAGGACAACUGGGACCGCAGUGGCUCUACCGCAGCAGGUGUCAUGAUUUCACCGCGCUACAUUUACUUUAUCAACUGUGGGGACUCCCGCACCCUGCUCUGCCAUAACGGCCAGGUGGUCUUCUAUACAGAGGACCACAAGCCGUUCAACCCCAGAGAAAAGGAGCGCAUCCAGAACGCUGGAGGUUCGGUGACCCUGCAGAGAGUCAACGGCUCGCUGGCAGUUUCCAGAGCACUGGGGGACUUUGACUUCAAGGAGGUGGACUGGAGGCCGCAAACAGAGCAGCUAGUGUCACCAGAGCCAGAGGUGUAUGAGCUAGAGAGGACGCCUGAAGACGAGUUCCUAAUUCUAGCAUGCGACGGCGUGUGGGACGCCAUUGGUAAUGAGGAACUGUGCGCCUUUGUGCGCAGUCGUAUGCAGGUGUGCGAAGACCUGAGAGAAAUUUGCACUCAAGUCAUUGACCUAUGUCUCUAUAAGGGAAGCUUGGACAACAUCAGCAUCAUCAUUGUCUGCUUCCCUGGCGCCCCCCAGGUGUCACAGGAGGCACUGCAGCAGGAGGCAGAGCUGGAGCGACAGAUCGAUAUGAAAGUGGAAGAAAUUAUCCAGUCGAUGAGGUCCAGCGAGGAGGACCCUGACAUUUUGUAUGUGAUCAAAUUCCUGGCUGCAGAAGAGAUUCCAGGGCUUCCACCAGGAGGAGGCAUCACCAGCAAGUGA